AUGCCACCAAAAAAGAAAGAAGAAGCUAAACCAAAGCCACUUAUUGGUCGUGUUGGUACUAAUCUGAAGAUGGGUAUCGUCGGUUUACCCAAUGCUGGAAAAUCAACUUUCUUCAACAUAUUAACAAAAUCAAGUGUACCUGCAGAAAACUUCCCUUUUUGUACAAUCAAUCCAAAUGAAAGUCGAGUACCUGUGCCCGAUUCAAGAUUCGAUUUUUUGUGCAAACAUUAUGAACCAUUAAGUAAACAACCGGCAUAUCUCAAUGUGGUGGACAUUGCUGGCUUAGUUAAAGGUGCAAGUGAAGGUCAAGGUCUUGGUAAUGCUUUUCUUUCACAUAUAAAAGCAUGUGAUGGUAUUUUUCAUAUGGUCCGAAUUUUUGAUGAACCUGAUAUAGCUCAUGUGGAAGGAAAUGUCGAUCCGAUUCGCGAUAUUGAAAUUAUUCACGAUGAAUUGAGAUUGAAAGAUGUUGAAAUUGUCAAAAAAGUACAUGAAGAUUUAGAAAAGAAAGUCGUCCGUGGAAAUGAUAAAACGUUGAAGGUCGACUAUGAAACAAUUAGUAAAGUAAUGAAUAUGAUAAAAGAAGAAAAGGGUAGUGUUCGAUUCAAUGAUUGGAACGAAAAAGAAAUCGAAGUAUUGAAUAAACAUUUGUUGAAUACCUCGAAACCCAUGGUUUAUCUAUUAAACAUGUCGGAAGAAGAUUACAUUAAGAAGAAGAACAAAUGGUUAGGUAAAGUGAAACAAUGGAUUGAUGAACACGAUCCAGGUGCUACUGUUAUCCCGUUCAGUGCAAAUUACGAAUAUCGUCUUGUUGAUUUAACUGAUGAUGAACGUGAAAAGACUGUUAAGGAAUCCGGAGCACCAAGUGCAUUGGAAAAAAUCAUUCUUGCUGGUUAUCGCGCUUUGCAAUUGUGUUACUUUUUCACCUGCGGAAAAGACGAAGUCAAAGCAUGGACUAUUCAAGUUGCAACAAAAGCGCCACAAGCAGCUGGACGUAUUCAUACAGAUUUCGAGAAAGGUUUCGUUAUGGCUGAAGUGAUGAAAUUCGAUGAUUUCAAAGAAUGCGGAAAUGAAAAUGCUGUGAAAGCGGAAGGAAAAUAUCGUCAACAAGGAAAGAACUAUACUGUCGAAGACGGAGAUAUUAUUUACUUUAAAACCAAUACAGGCGGUGGUUUAAAUGCAGCGAAGAAAUAG